GCGCCGGUUCCGUUGCAACCUAAGCACACUGGUACACAUAUACAUACAGUCGAAAUAAUUCACAUGUACGUACUAGUGCAUAGUAUUUUUUUGAUUGAAUAUAUGAUAUAUAAUAAAUAAACGUAACUUUUCAAUAUUGUAAAUAUAUAUUAAUAUUAGACAUGCGAAUAUUUUUGUAUAUUCUACUUGAUAUUUCCCUAAACAUCCCUAGGAAAUUUUACCUGAUCUUCCUUCUCCUAACAAUUAUUCUGGAAUGUGGUAACAAGACAAAGAGGGUGGGAAUAAUAAACGUUAGGCGUGUCGGUGUCUGUUUUUAAAUAUAUUUUAAUAGAAGAUUACAUUGAUAAAGCGAUCUUAUUACAAAUAUUUCGUUCUGAAUGGUACGAAUUCGACAUUUCGGAAAAUUAAUUACGUAUCUUAAAAUGUCGGCUGUGCAAAAAAUCUUGUGCACAGAGAAUGCCCUAAAGAUUCUUAAUUCGUAGCGUAUCAUUUUCUAAUUCAACAAAGUUUCAACACCGCGAUUGUGAUAUAGCACUAAGUAUAUGUGCCUGGCGUUCGGAAACGAUUGGAAGAGGGUAUGUUCUUAUGGGGUAGCUCGAGGGCGGUAACCUUUGCCGGGGAAUGGAGACUGAGAGCGUAAAAUCGGGGGCUAGCGAGCAUAGCCAUAGCCAUCAUAGCAGGACUUCUCAAAAACAUCACAGAACUCAUAGUUCUAAGUCUCAUCACAGACAACAUUCUCAUAGAAGUACCAGGACCAGUCGCAGUCACAGAAAGGAAAGGCAUCAUUUAGAUACAAGCGAAAUGGCUCCUUUUCAAACGACUGUUAACGUAAGAGGCGAUAGUGUCGACAAUUUGGGUCAAGAAGUUAUCGAAGUACAGAUAUUACCACAAGAUGAAAACUGGGGCGAAAAUACUACUGCUGUUACCGGAAAUACUUCCGAUAGAUCAGAAUCGACUGAAGAUGUGAGCCACUGGCCGCAUGAAAAUGAUGGAUCAUUUAGUUCCUGUAAUCGAUUCGUGGGUCCUGUUAUAGCAAUGAUAAUUGGACUAAGCGCCUUUCUUAGCCCUGUCGCUAUGGUUAUACUGCCCAAAGUAGGAUUUUUUCCUGAUUCUACAACCGUAUUAACAAUGCAACAAAAGCUACAAUUGCUAUCAUGUAACGCAGAAUGUAAAGGCCAAUUGUUAGGUUUAGCCUUUAAGUUGGUGCUACUAGGUAUCGGGAGUUGGGCUGUGUUUUUACACUCACGAAACGCUACUAUGCCUCGUAUAUUCUUAUUCAGAGCUGGGGUAUUACUUCUUACCACAUUGUGCAUUUGUACUUAUUGGCUAUUUUACGUUGUUCAGGUCACAGAGAGUGCAAAGACUGCUGCAAAUGGUGGAAUAACAGAGUACAAAAAUUUAGUAAAUUACGCUGGUACUCUCGCAGAUACUCUAUUGUUCAUACAUUAUAUCGCGAUAUUACUUAUUGAAAUCCGGCAUCAACAACCUAUGUUUUAUAUCAAGGUUGUAAGAUCACCAGACGGUGUAUCACGAUCGUAUGCAAUUGGUCAGUUAUCGAUACAACGAGCAGCAGUGUGGGUAUUAGAAAGGUAUUAUACAGAAUUUCCUAUCUAUAAUCCAUAUUUGGAACGACUGCCCGUAUCAAAGUCUGGCAGAAAACAGUCAAGCUUCAAAUUUUAUGAAGUUGACGGUGGUGUUACUAGUGGUGUUCAGUCUCGAGGAGGUAGCGGCGAUAGAUCUGUAAUGCCGACUCAAACCCGUCGUAGGGAUUCUAGCCAUAAUGAACGUUUUUACGAAGAACACGAUUAUGAACGUAGAGUUAGGAAACGUAGAGCAAGAUUAAUCACUGCCGCUGAGGAAGCAUUUGCACAUAUUAAACGUUUACAUUCGGAGGUAGAAUCAACUCCAAAUCCUGGUCCUAUGGAUCCUAUGGAAGCUGCGCAAGCGGUAUUUCCAUCUAUGGCAAGAGCCUUGCAAAAGUAUUUAAGAGUGACACGACAGCAACCGCGUCACUCUGUAGAGUCUAUUUUAAAUCGACUUGCACGGUGUUUAGCUCAAGAUGCAGCCCCGCGAGCAUUUCUAGAGCCUUUUUUCGUAACAAGUCCCGUUUUUUCAAACGAGAAGGAGAGACAGAAACGUUCUCAUCAUUGGGCCUUAGUUUGCGAAGGCGAAUUACCAUCACGACCUCUUGCUAAUGGUUGCGAAUUUCAAUUGAGACAAGGUGAAGUAGCUCUUUUAUGUACAGCAUAUCAUUUACCCCACUUCCAUCUUACGGAACAACUUGCGCAUCCGAAAUCUAACAAAUUCUUGUUAAGAUUAAACUCUGAAACAUCGGUCUAGUAAUGCUUUAAAAUUAACGAAAUUCUUUGAGAUAAUUUGCAAUCAGAUGCUUGUAUUUUUAUUGAAUACAGAAUUCAUUAAGAACGAGUAGUUUUUUACUGUAUAUAUAUAUAAUUGAGAAAAAACUCCACAAUAAUAAGCUUGUAAGUAUUGUGAAUUAAAUAUAACUAUAGCGAUGCUAAUAAUACAGAAGCCUAUAUUAUUGUUAUA